AUGAGUAUCAAUCCGGCCCUCCCAGGGCUCUUACUAUACAAUCUUGCAAAUCCCAUGGCUUUGCUAUCGGUACCCCCCGAGCAUCUGCACUCUGGUCUGGCAGCUCAGCUUGCCGACGCGACAGCGCGCGCCGACGCGGUAGAAAUGCGCCUUGAGCGCCUUGAGCCGCUGGCCGAUGAGGACGCGCAAUGCCUGCCUGCACUACAAGCCGAGGCAAAACGGCUCACUGAGCGAAAACCUUUUAUGAGCGAGAUAGAUCGCUUUCGCGGCUACAUAGACCCGCUAUGGGAGGAGUCGGUAAGGUUUGCUGAAGCGGCUUUCCGCCAUGCUGGCAUAUAUCACGAAGAGUGGCCUCUCGUCUCUGCAGAGACCGACGUGCAAGAUGCCAAAAGCUGGUUCACUGAACGCGCUAAUGAAUUGAGUGAUGGUAUCACCUCAGUGCAGAACACUGCAAAUGAGGCUGCCGUGACGGCGCAGAAGACUGCUGUCGACGCUGCUCUUGCAACCCAGAAGCAAGAGCUUGAAGGCAAAGCUGGAUCAGCCCAGGUGACUGCCAUUCAGAUUGCUCUUGCGGCCCAGAAGGAUGGUCUCGAAUCCAACGCCGACCUAUUGCAGCAAGCUGCCAUUAAGAUUGCUCUGGCAACCCAGAAAGAUGACCUUGAUUCCAAGGCUCAAUCGGCGCAGGACACUGCCAUCAGACAGGCUCUGGCAGCCCAGAAGAGUGACCUUAAUUCCAAGGCUCAAUCUGCGCAGGACACUGCCAUUGAAAAGGCUCUGGAAGCCCAGAAGAAACACCUUGAGUCUGAGGCUCGUUCAGCGCAGAAAGAUGCCGUCGAAGAGGCUCUCGCAGCACAAAAACGAAAGCUUAAAGACGAGGGUAAGUCGACGCAGGAUACUGCUGUACAAAAGGCUCUUGCAGCUCAACAGAAGGAGCUUGCCUCCACGGCUGCGUCAGCGCACAAGACUGAGCUUGAAAAGGCUCUUGCUGAUCAAAAGAAGGAUCUAGAAUCAAAGAUUAAUCCAAUCUUCAAGGCAAAACUGGCCACCCAGAAAUCAGAUCUUGAGGCCAAGGCUAAGUCUGCACUUGAUGCUGCUGUAAACACCGCACUUGCGGCCCAGAAGAAGGAUCUUGAAUCCAAAGCCAAGUCGGCCCAGGAUGCUGCACUCAAGGCGCAAAAGCUGGCUAGUGACGAUGAAGCUGCUAAGGCUCAGAACUCGGCGCUCAAGGAUCAGAAAACCAAACUGACCGAUUUUCGUGACCGGCAGCAAAGACGCAGUCUUGAAAGCCAGCAAGAGCGGCUCGAUACCUUGGCCGCCAACGACAAGAAAAUAGCACUUGAUGCUCAGGAGAAGCUGCUCAAAUCUCAAGAAUCUGCGUCCAAGAAGGUUUGGGGGGAGAAAUAUCGACAAGAAAUGAAAACAUGGCUGGCGGGUCACAAAGAACAACAGGCCAAGUUGCAUGAAAAAGCAUUGGCUAAGCUCCAAGCGUCGCUUGACGCUGAAAAGGCUGAUCACACCCAGCUGAAGACCGCCCAUGAGAGGCUCGAGACUGACUACAAGCAGCUGAACGGUGACAACGCACUCGAUGCCGGCCAUAGUCUACAAGAAAUGGGAUUAGCGCUAGAUUCAGCCACCGAACGAGCAAGAGAUCUUGCGCAGCAGCUGAAGAACGCUCAGCGCAAAAUUGACGCGGCCCAGGACGCCACCGCCGAAGCGUUAGAUGAGAAGGAUCUUCUCGAGGAUGCUCUGCUAGAAGAGCUGCGAAUAGCUUCUGGCAAGCUCAACACUACUCGGCAACAACGCGACGCUGCUAUCGUAGAGAUCAAAGGCCUCGAAGCCGAGCUUGCUGUCGAAUUCGACUACAACGUGGACAAACACCGCGAAAACGCUGACCUAUAUGGUCGCUUCAUGGAGCGGACUGGCGAACUUGCAAGAUCGCAACAAGCUCAUCGGCGGGAGCUCAUCAUGGCAAACGAGACUGCAACCAAUGCUCUUGCUACCAAGGAGACUGAACACGAGGAGGCUUUGAAGGAACAGAGAGCUGAACAUGAAAAGCAGCUCACUGCUAAGGAUACUUACUGCAAUGAAGUUUUGCACAGCCAGAAAGAGACGCAUGACAAGACGCUGCGCCAGAACACAGAGGCUCACGAAGAGGCGGCCAAAAAGGCAUCGAAGGCCGCUGACGAGAAAUACGCGACUCUAGAGUCAUCUCUGAGUGCGAAGGAAAGCACCCACAAAGAGGAGCUUAGUAAGGCUCAACAGGCCCUUAUAACGGAAGAAGGCAAGUUAGAGGAACUUCGCCAAUCAUCGAAGCGAGAGCUAGAUACUCAAGCUAGCACCUACGAAGAGAAGCUUAGUAAGGCUCAACAGGUCCUUAUAACGGAAGAAGGCAAGUUAGAGGAACUUCGCCAAUCAUCGAAUCGAGAGCUAGAUACUCAAGCUAGCACCUACAAAGAGAAGCUUAGUAAGGCUCAAGAAGCCCUUACAACAGAAGAAGGCAAGUUAGAGAAACUUCGCCAAUCGUCAAGGGAAGAGCUAGAUGCUCAAGUCAACACGCACAAAGAAGAGCUUGGCAAGUCGCAAGAGGCUGUUGCGAUAGAACAAGGCAAAGUGGCAUUACUUGAUGCUGCUGCUACCAAAGAUGAAGGCACUAUCCUCUCUUUGAGGGCUGAUCUUACAGCUUCGGUGUCUAGGUACCAACAUUUGGACCGUCGCACUACCCAUGAACUGGCUGAAGGUCGCCGUCAAAAGCUGUCACAAGCCUUACGCCAUGCGGAAACCUUGGUGAUACUACAGGAACGACUUGAUUUUGCCGAAAAUCACCUCAUCAGCGCCGACAACUCAGUCGCGUUAUGGAAGAAGAAUUUCCAAUCACUGAGAACCGAGGCAGCUGAAGUGAUGCGCAUCGUCGCGCAGUUCGACUCCCCGAAGUUUGCGAUCACGCCAUGUAAGGGUACGGUCUUGCAGCGUGUGACACACCUGCUUAGCAGCAGCCAUGCUGAUACUGAGAUGCGCAUGUCGCAGUUGCUCGAGGCGCUUGUAGCGUUCACCAGUGCUUGUUUCGACGACAUGGGGCUUACUCAUACAGAGUGGCCUCUUCUAACAGCCAAGAACUGUCUCGAGGAUAGUGCUAUACACGGCUGGCUUGGUAGCCGCCUAUCAGAGCUGUCCACAGGCGCAGAGAGUAACCUUCUCGCCCAAAUGGUAGUGAUUCAAGAAGGCCAGAGGAAGUUCGCGUCACUGCGCGCAUCAGCAUGCGAGUUCGCAGCAGCUGCUAUCACUAGAGCCGACGCCAGUCAGCCGCUAACGCUCUUGGAUGAAACCUCAUCUGUCGAAGAACUCGCGCAACACUUCAAGAGCUGCCAAGCAAGCCUGGAAAUUGCUUGCGUAGACAAAGCGCUAAGACAUGAUCACGCCGUCAAUGACGCUCUCAACCGCGUGCACCAGGGUGUAGCAAAGAUGCUCGGCGUUGCCGGCAUCGAUACAGCGAGCUGGACACAGCUCGCUACGUUGACUGACAUUGAGCAUAUCAGUAAGUGGUUCUCGUUGCGGUCACACGAGCUGCAGGACGAGCUGGAUUGUCGACUCAUGAUCAGUCAUGCGGAUUCCGCACGCGCAGCACGCUCAGUAAUGGAUCCGCUCUCGUGUCUUGUCGAUAUCAUUCUUCAUGACAUCUCGGGGAAUACCCCACAGUACGAGAUGAUGAGCAUCGCGCUCACUGAGCAGGAUAUCAUUGACUGGACAGAGUCUCGCAUGGCGGAAUUGCAGACCGCCAACAGGGACAACCUCUUCAAGCUGGUCGAUAACAUCUUCGCGUCAAGUGCUUUGAACAAGCCUCAGAGGCCAGUCGGUCUUAUCGACUAUGCGACGCUCACUCGGUGGCUCGGAGACCGCGUUCUGGACAUCAACAGCCACCAUCAGCAAAUGGACGCUGCGAUUGAUGCGGCCAACGAUGAGGCUAUCAAGCUCGUAUUGAGACUAGGUGCCGAUCUUUCCGUUGUCAUACCGGAUCACAACAGCGCUUCGUGGCCCGAGCUAUGGAAGGAUGUAUCCACGCAUCUGCAUGGCGAGAUCCAGCAUGCGCAUGACGCCCAGCGCACAUUCCAGGUCGGUAUCCUGGAGGCUGCAGAAUCAUUCGCAAAGGCUGUCUUUGACGCCCAAGGCAUCUCUCACCGAUGGCCUGAACUGAAUUCGGAGGACUUGACUUCGAUCAAGACAUGGUUCGCUUGUCGCGGCGAUACCUUCACGCAGACGGUCAGGCGAGACAAGAUCGCAAGGGAAAGCAAGAUCUUCAAAAGUCUGCAUCAUUUCGCUCUCCUCGCCACCGGAGCUAAGAGCUUCCCUGUGAAGCUCGUAGCGGAUUGCGAUCUAUCCGCAUUCGAAAGCUGGUUGGCAGACCGCACAUCCGAAGUUUCGGAGCGACUUCUCUUGGGAGAGGAGAAGACGGAAGCAGCACUCAAUAAUGCUAACGCGAGCUUCGAGCUCCAGGAUCGGAUGCGGGCGCGAUGGGCCUCGGAAACAGAGCAGACACACAUGCUUCGGGAGAGGCUGAGAUUACUCGCCCAAAGAUAUCGAGUCCUGCUAUCAGCGCAUCGCAAUUAG